AUGGCAGGGCCAUCUUCACAGUUGGUGGAUUGGAGCAACGAAUAUGAAGGCGUUUGGUUCUACGUACCCGUUGAUCGAGACGAGCGAAUCGCGGAGCUUUGGCUUCGAAUUGAAGAUCGCGGCAAUACAUAUACAUGGCAUCGAAACUACAAAUGUCUUGUUAUGCGUACGAAUAAAGGCCGGAGCUUUGUUCUCGGUUUGCAAAGUGGAAAGGCCAGCAAGUUCACCUAUCAGCCGAUCACUACGUUGUCGCUGACCGAUCCAUCUCGAAUGCUAUAUUGCAGGACCAAAACAAGGUUCUGGUUGGGCUUUGAACAAGCAACGACUUGGGACCAGCACGACAUCGGCAUUUCACUUCCAAAUUCACCCAAAUCCACUCCUUACAAAUUCAAAGAGCUCAAUUCAUCGAAUGCUGAGCUUCGGGAUGUCAGGGCAGUUGCUGUAUGCCGAAAUUGGAGAUACUCUAAGGAUGCGGGAAUUGUCGGCAUGCUCCUUACAUACGCCGAUGGCCAUCAACGAUCUCUCGGGCAAAUCCGUCUCGAUUACAUGGAGGCGCCUCUCACGGUUUCUUCGGGAAAGAUCUGGCUUGGUUGUGACAAGUCAGAAAAAAAGCCUCUCCCUAAUGGCUUCUGGCCGCGGACAUUCAAGAUCAAGUGGGUUGAGGUGGAUAAGCCUUUGCAGGAUAAGAACCGGGAGUACUUUGAACUACCGCUUACAGGCUCUCUUAAAUGGGAAAGCCACUCGAUCGGGGACCUUCACUCAGUGUGUCAUCAUGAGAGCAGCGAACUGCAAAAUGAGAUGGAUCAGGUGCUAGCCCUGGAGCUGGGCCAGUCUGCUGGCCUCUCUGGUGGCUCUUCCGACAACCCCUUCGAUUCUGGCCCGGCACGAGAUCAAGAUCUUCCCAGACCAGGCUCUCCUGUGGUUCGUGAACCACGGAUGUUCAAGAUAUGCGGUCUCUGCAAGUUUCCAUUUGAAGAACGACAGGCUGUCAUUGGCUACAUGGAUACCUCACCUCUUACCUGGAGCGACAAAUACUUCCCAGACGGUGAGUCGUACACUUCAGUAUCACACGACAAGGGAUUCCAUGCAGCUUGCGUUGAAAUUGUAGGCGAUAAUCUAUCUGCCAAAGGUUUCCUUGAAUCCUGUACAUGGAACAUCCUUGACCGCGGAUUCCAUGAUUCAUUCACUCAACCACCGCCCUCUUUUGUGGCACUGCGCACAGGACGUCUCAAAUCAUCGCUUGCCCUGGAGCUCACGCACGCCAUCAGCAAUCGACUUCCUAUCGAAAUAUGCGAGAGAGUUGCAACUUACUCCUUGAGCGACAAGACUCCACCUGGAUGCCUGGCAACAUCGGGAUUCUGGUCGCAAUUACGUCAAGUCCCUGUCAACCAUUCGUAUGAACGAGAACGACACGAAGAUUUUGGUGGCCGAGCCCAAUUUCUCGUCAAAGAUGCAGAAGUCACCUCCAGUCGACAACAUCAUCUUCUACCUCCUGUGUCUUGGACUAAGCGCCGCACAAGGUGGAUCAAGGAAUCGAUUGCUGCGGACCUGAGACGCGCUAUCAACGGUGGUCUUCCAGAAGAGAUAUGCCAAUACAUUGCAAGCUUCUAUAUGCGUGAACGCGCAUGUCUCAUUCUACGAGAACCUUGGCUGGACCCAAACCGUCCCAACUGUUGGAUUAAAAGUCUAUUCAUUGGGAGAAACAGCUCUAUUUGGGCCCAGAAUAUGGAAGUCGAAGGGCUGCGCUACGUCAGGUCUCUAUCGGCCCGCCGCCUCACCCAACAAGACACCUUGGUCUUCAAGGCCAGAUACAGGAAGAGGGGCGCUCGCAACAGACCUGAGGCUUUCUUAGGCAUCUAUUACUCUGAGGACCACGGGGGAAUCCGGGAAGUGAUCAUCACAGAGGAUAAUGAGCUGCCCUCUCUGAACAUGGAACCGGGUCUCUCUUGGAGCAUUUCUCGUUAUCAAAACACUCCACUGCAAUUCGGAUUACGGCAUGAUGACAUCAAGCUACGCUUUCUGACAGUCGCCCAAACUCUUGAGCAUGAUAUGAGGUACGAACAAAGAUCUUGGGGAGUUCUUCCAGAACGAUUUGAUUCAUUUCCACAAAAUGGUGACGGUCGUCGGAGAUGCGUUGGACAAGUACGUCUCGAUUGCCUCGACCUUCCCUUGCCAGUCUACUCAAACAACUUCUGGCUUGGCUUGGUGGACAUGGACGACAUAGAACCUGAGGAAUUUUACCCAUGGCAUAUGAGAGUCACCAGCCUUUAUCUGUCUGAGCCCGUGCCUAACGAUAAUACGAGGUACAUCAAAAUCCCAUUCAGUGGAAGACUUGAGUGGGCAGUUUUCGGCUUCGCUAGUGCUGUCCGACAAGUUGAGGGAGGGGAGCCGUGCGAUGAAAUUGGUCAAGUCAUGGUCGGUAGGAAGAACGUCUUGGACUACGCAAGCCCAGAUAUCAAAACAUUCGCUGUGCCGAUUCGAGGGAGGGAGAACCGAUCUUGA